AUGAUGCCGGCCCCGGUCCCCAGCGUGUUCGCCAGGGAGGACUUAAAUAUAAUCUCCUACAAUGUAAAGGGCCUCAAUGUUAGAGAAAAACGCACAAGACUCCUGAGGGACCUGAAACAAUACAGGACGUCGAUAGCGUUCAUCCAAGAAACGCACUUUCAGGAGAACAGGGCCCCGGCACUGAAGGACCGAAACUUUCGAACGGGGUACUUCAGUAACAACCCAGAUAGACGAACGCAGGGAGUAUGCAUACUAUUCUCCAGCAGAAUCCCGUACAUAGAACAAGCCACCCUUAGAUGCAAACAAGGCAGAUAUAUUUUCACUAAAGGCACUAUCUCAGAUCAAACCUACACAUUCGCCAACAUCUAUGCCCCAAACACGAAACAAUACCACUUCCUCCGGAGCACUGUGGCUUCCCUGAUGAAGUUUACGGAAGGCACCCUGAUCAUCGGAGGAGACCUAAACCUGGCACUACACCCGGAUCAGGACGCCACGUCCCCACAAGGAGCAACACCGCAAAACAGACAUGCGAAAACACUCCGCCUCCUACACCAACACCAGCUGGCAGACUGCUGGCGAGCAUUGCAUCCAACUGCCAGGGACUUCACCUUCUACUCAUCGGCACACUUAACAUACACAAGACUGGGUUAUUUUCUAAUGACACACCAUAAUCUGAACCUACUAAAUGCCGCGGAGAUCCUGCCAAUGACCUGGUCGGACCACUGCCCGAUUCGAAUGCGGCUGAAAUCGCCGCUAUACAGGCCCCGGCAGAUGUCAUGGAGACUAAACGAAUCGAUCCUCUCGGACGUGGUAGUGACAGAUAAGAUUAGUAACUCCAUACGAGAAUACUUCCAAACCAAUGAGACAGAAGACGUAACGCCACUAACAUGCUGGGAAGCACACAAGACGGUAAUCAGAGGCCAGAUCAUCGCGCUAUGCGCAACCCGCAAGAAAGCAGCAAUGCAGGAAACGCUCGAGCUUAACAGAGACAUCGCAACCCUGGAGACCAGACACAAACGCACCUUGGACGCAACGACAUACCAGGAACUCACGGCCAAACGAAACCAACUCACCGCACAUCUCAAUCGAGCAAUUCAACGUUCAUACCAGCACUACAGACACAUGAUACAUGAACACGGGGAUAAAUGCGAAGGCUGCUGGCAAACCUUCUGA